AUGGCAGAUCGUAGUCGAAUUUCAUAUUUAUCCACUGAAAUGUUGGAAGCGAAACAGAUUGGAGUAAGAGGUUUAUCAUGUUAUGGUUUUCGACUCCUCGAUGGGCAAUUUUUGUGAGUUUUUUUGAAGGGAAAUGGAGAUUUUUGAGCAAAAAAAUGAAGGAAAAGGAUUUGAAAUUGAGCUGGAAUUGAAUUUUCAAGGUUUUAUAGCAUCAUCAAUAAAAUCAAUUUUUUCUAAUUCCAGAAUUUUUAUCAAAUUUUCUUGAAACAGUAAAUUUUUUCUAUUGAAAAAAAUUUCAAAAUUUGAUUUUUAUUCCAAAAAAUAUUGAAAAUUGAUGACAAUCAUGCUUUUUGAGCCCAAAUUCGUGAAACUUGGCACAAAAUUGAUCUAGAAUUGAAUUUUCAAGGUUUUCUGGGUUUGAAUGAACUAUUCAAUAGUUUUUUCCAAAGCCGAAUUUUUUAUCAAAUUUUCUUGAAACAGUAAACAAUUUCCCAUUGGAAAUUUUAAAGAAAUUUGAUUUUUAUGCCAAAAGUAUUGGAAAUUGAUAACCAUUAUGAUUUUUAGUGCAAAAUUGACCCGAAAUUGACCUAGCUGUGCAACGUAUUAGUUGUUCCUAAAUCCCAAUUUUCUAUGAAAUUUUCUUGAAACAGUAAAUUUUUUCAAUUGAAAAAGAAUUUCAAAAUUUGGUUUUUAUGCCAAAAAUAUUGAAAUUUAUUAAACAUUAUGAUUUUUAGUGUAAAAAUUGUGAAAAUUAACAUGAAAUUGACCUAGAGUGAAAGUUUCGAAUUUCUAAAUGAGUUUGCGGCAUCAUAACAUCAUAAUAUUUUUCCUAAAUCCAAAUUUUCUAUGAAAUUUUCUUGAAACAGUAAAAAAUUUUGGAUGAAAAUUUGAAAGAAUUUUGGUUUUUAUGCCAAAAAAAUUCGAAAAUUGAUAAAAAUUAUGAUUUUUAGUGUUUAAAUGUGAAAAUUGACCCGAAAUUGACCUAGAAUUGAAUUUCCUAGUUUUUUUUGUAUGAGGAUAAACUACUUAAUUGUUUUUCCCAAAUCCAAAUUUUUUAUCAAAUUUUCUUGAAACAGUAAAUUUUUUCAAUUGAAAAAAAUUUCAAAAUGUGAUUUUUUUUCCAAAAAUAUUGAAAAUUGAUGAAAAUUAUGAUUUUUAGCGUAAAAAUCAGGAAAAUGAUUUGAAAUUGACCUAGAAUUGAAUUUUCAAGGUUUUUUUGUAUGAGGAUAAACACUACUUAAUUGUUUUUGCCGAAUCCAAAUUUUUUAUCAAUAUUUCUUGAAACAGUGAAAAAUUUUGUAUGAAAAUUCGAAAGAAUUUUGUUUUUUAUGCCAAAAUUAUUGAAAAUUGAUGAAAAGUAUUAUUUUUAACCCAAAUAAUCAUGAAAAUUUACCUAGAAUUAAAUUUUCAAAGUUUUGAUUCUGAAACAGUUUUUUCCUAAAUUAAAUUUUCCUGAAAUAGAAUUGUUCUAGAGAUUUCUUUGAAAAGGUGAAUUUCUGGAAAAUUUUUCUAUAUUUAUUCCUUUUUUACUCAUCAGAAUUAAUUCUUUUCUAUGUACAAAACAAUCGGAUCACCAAUGAUAAAAAUAAGGAAUUUUUAUGAGAUUUUAUUGAAACAGUGAAUUUUUUAGAUUUUUUUUUCAAAAUUUUGAACAUUUUCACAUUUAAAAUUGAUAUUUGGUGCCAAAAUUAAAUAAAAACACAAUGUGUUUUUUGUCAGAAAUAAAGUUUGAGUUUUUUCGGUGGCAAAUUUCAAUAUUCUUAAUUUCUCCAUGACAAAAAUCCGAAAAUUUUGAUGGAAUUUUGAAAAGGUCAUCAAUUUUCGGCAAAAUUCCGAAUGUUUAUGAAAUAAUUUUGAAACAGUGAAUUUUCUCUUCAAUCAAAAAAUUCGAAAAUUUCACAUUUUUGGCUUAAAAUUCACCAAAACUCCUCAAUUUCCGCUUUUCAGAUAUGGUCCAAUCGCACUUUUCCCAAAAACCGCCCUUUCUUGGCGUGUAGCAACACAAAAUGAUAUAACACCCGAAAGUCUGUCACUUUUCGCCGCUUUGGAGCCAAAAAUCGAUAUUUUGGUAUUAGGUUGUGGAGAUAAGAAGAAUAUUGAUGAAAUCAGGAAACGUGUUGCACCAUUUUUAAAGGAACACAAAAUUGGGCUCGAAAUUAUGGAUACGGUAGGUUUUGAGGGUCUUGGAGCGAAAAUGAGAGCUCAAAAUUCACUUGAAGUACUGUAAUUUUUGCUUCAGGAAGACGCAAUCGCCACAUUCAAUUUUUUAAACGCGGAAGGUCGUUACGUUGGAGCAGCUUUGUAUCCGCCAGAUGAUAUGGUUGUAACUGAUGCGGAAUACGGUAGAGCACUUGCAUUGUUGAAAGGAUGGGAUACGGUAGGUUGGGAUUACUGUAUUCCGAAAAGUUUUUGGUGAAAAAUGAGAUCUAGUUAGUAAAAAAAUCGGAUUUUUUGAUCUACAGCACCCUUGAAGAGUACUGUAGAUGUAGAUUACUGUAUUUGCAGGUCGAAGAGAAUCCGUUCCUUUUGGGCCUUUCGGAUACGGUGAACGAGGCCGAGGAUUUGGUGAGAAGAUUGUGGAGUGGAGAUGAGAAGAGUUGGCAGAGUGCCAGACAAAAGGUGAGUGUGCCGUGAACCCAAGCCUAAAUAGCCCCGAGCGUCUGCAUUUUUCAGACAAAGCUGAAAUUAGAUUUGUUUUUAAUUAUUUGAGGAGAAAUGAAUUACUGUGAGAAAGCGAAUUUUUAUAUUAAAAAAUUUAGAAACAGUGAAAUUUUUUUGAACCAAGCAGUUUCCGAAAUAUUAUUUUUUAAAAACUAGAAAUUGAUAUAAAAAAUUUUUGAAACAGUGAGUUUUUCAAGAAUAAAAAAUGGUGUUUUUUUAAAUUUUCACUAUUAAAAAAAGCAUUUUUGACUAGCUUCAAAAAAUUAUAGAAAAAACCUGAAACAGUCAAUUUUUUAUAAGAAAAUUUUGAAAAUUCGGAAUUUUCUAAUAUUUUUUUUCUGAUGUUUUUUUGUGUUUAAACCAUUUUUCACUAUCCUCAAAAAAUAAUAGAAAAAAUUUGAAACAGUAAAUUUUUUUAUCAGAAAAAUUCAAAAUGGAAAAUGUGUGUUAUUAUUUUUUUUUAACCUACAAAUCCUCAUGAAAAUUUUGUGAAACAGUGAAUUUUUUUUCUAAAUUUUGAUACAGUUAGCAAAGUUUUUGAUAUCAAUCUAUCAUUAUUUCACUAUCCUCAAAAAAUAAUAGAAAAAAUUUGAAACAGUAAAUUUUUUUAUCAGAAAAAUUUUCAGUAAAACAUUUGUGUUAUUAUUUUUUUUUAAAAACUAGAAAUUCAUAUGAAAAUUUUGUGAAACAGUGAAUUUUUUUCAAAAUUUGCAAAAAUCAUUUUAUCAUUUUUUCACUAUCCUCAAAAAAUAAUAGAAAAAAUUUAAAACAGUAAUUUUUUAAUCUGAAUAACUUCCUAUGAAAAUUUGUGUUAAUAUUUUUUAAUAAACUAGUAAUUCUUAUGAAAAUUUAGUGAAACAGUGAAUUUUUUUUCUAAAUUUUUUGAAUUUUUAUGUAUUUAAAUCAUUUUUCACUAUCCUCAAAAAUUACAAAACUUAAUAGAAAAAAUUUGAAACAGUCAAUUUUUAUCAGGAAAAUUCCAAAUGUAAAAUUUGUGUUAUUUAUUUAUUUAUUUAUUUAUUCAUAUCACAUUUUAAAUUUACAAGAAAUUGGAAAAAAGAAGAAGAUACAUCUUUAAGCCAAAUUAAAUAUUUAAAUAAAAAGAAGGAGGUUGGAGAAUUUAAGAUGCCAAGAUUUUUGAGGUUAGUGAUUUAGAAUAUAAGAUGGACUUUUGUACCCGCAAGAGUACGGUAGUCCAAAUGUGCAGUGUGAGAUUUAUGAUUAGAGAAAAUGACUAGAUGGCAGAGACUUGAGAUGUGGAAUUAUAUUAUGAGGGAGACGAGAAUGGGUUAGUGUUUUUGAGGUUUUAUUCCAGAGAGAAAUGUGUUUGUGCAAAAAUGCUAGAAAUUCUUAUGAAAAUUUAGUGAAACAGUGAAUUUUUUCUAAAUUUUCUGAUUUGUUAUGUGUUUAAAUCAUUUUUCACUAUCCUCAAAAAAUAAUAGAAAAAAUUUGAAACAGUAAAUUUUUUGUCAAAAAAAUUCCCAGUAAAACAUUUGUACUAUUAUUUUUUAAAAAACUAGAAAUUCAUAUGAAAAUUUUGUUAAACAAUGAGUUUUUUUUCUAAAUUUUUAAAAUUUUUAUGUGUUUGUAUCAUUUUUCACUAUCCUCAAAAAAUAAUAGAAAAAAUUGAAACAGUAAAUCUUUUAUCAGAAAAUUUCAAUUGUAAGAUUAGUGUUACUUAUUAUUUUUUAAAAAACUAGAAAUUCUUAUGAAAAUUUUGUGAAACAGUGAAUUUUUUUCAAAAUUUGCAAAUUUCAUUCUAUCAUUUUUUCACUAUCCUCAAAAAAUUAUAGAAAAAACCUGAAACAGUAAAUUUUCCCAUUUUUUCAGGUGCUCGAAAAUCCGAAUGAAAGAGAAGAAAGAAUGCAGAAACAAGUGGAAGAUGCUGAAAAACACAAAAAAUUGACGUAA